AUGUUUUGUUCACUUUUCAGUGUUCUGUUACUUUUGUAUACAGUGGUAUCGGAAUGUCAAAGUGCUAAGACGCAAAAUUUGAAAAGAAAAUUCCCAGAUGACUUUCGUUUUGGAACAGCUACAGCUGCCUAUCAGGUUGAGGGAGGUUGGAAUGAAGGGGGUAAAACUGAAAGUAUUUGGGAUCAUCUAACUCACACAAAGCCAUGUGCCGUUAAAGACUGCUCAAACGGUGACAUCGCUGCUGACUCGUAUCAUUUGUAUAAGAGAGAUGUCGAAAUGAUGCGCGAACUUGGCCUAGACUACUACAGGUUUUCUUUAUCAUGGCCGCGAAUUUUACCCACUGGAUUCCCGGAUAAGAUUAACGAGGCGGGAGUUCAAUACUACAACAAUUUGAUCGACGAAAUGCUCAAGUACAACAUUGAACCUGUGGUCACAAUCUAUCACUGGGAUUUGCCACAAAAACUACAGAAGAUGGGCGGCUGGACGAAUCCUUACAUAAUAGACUGGUAUACAGAUUAUGCGCGAGUAGUUUUCGAAUUAUUCGGAGAAAAAGUGAAAAAUUGGAUCACUAUUAACGAACCAGAGCAAAUCUGCUAUUUUGGAUACGGUAGUAACAUGCUUGCACCAUUACUGAACAUCACAGGAGUAGCUGACUACUUAUGUGCCAAGAACUUGUUGUUAGCUCAUGCCAGAGCGUAUCACAUUUACAAUGAAGAGUAUCGGCCAAAACAAGCAGGCACUAUUUUCAUUUCACUGAGCGCUCAAUACUACGAUUAUGAAUUCAAAGAAUUUAAAGAUGCCGCCGAAGACGCUAACGAUUUUACAUGGGCUAUAUAUUCUCAUCCAAUAUUUUCAAAGAACGGUGAUUUCCCUUCAUCUGUAAAGAAAAGGGUUAAAGCGAAGAGUAUUCAACAAGGCUUCCCUAGAUCCCGACUACCCGAAUUAACCCCUAAAGAAAUUGAAUACAUCAGAGGCAGUUCCGAUUAUUUUGGAUUAAACCAUUACUUCACGUUCUAUGUGUAUAGGAACGAAUCUGUCAAAGGCUUAUAUCCAUCCCCAUCUACGAGCGAUGAUCUUGGAGUUGCAACAUAUCAGAAAAAAGAUUGGAAAGGUGAUCUUAACAAGAUAGUACCGUUGGGAUUCUACAAACUUUUGACAAAAAUAAGGAACGAUUAUGAUAAUCCACCUGUUAUUAUCACGGAGAACGGCUUCGCAACAAAAGGGGGAUUGGAUGACGAUGAUCGCGUCACUUUCUUCAGGAGUUAUUUAAAUGCUAUGCUCGAUGCCAUCGACGACGGAUCUGACAUUCGAUCUUACACGGCUUGGAGUAUGAUGGACAAUUUUGAAUGGCUCCAGGGUUUCAGUGAGCGGUAUGGCUUGUACGAGUUAGAUAUCAAGAGCCCCAAUCGUACGCGCACGCCGCGCAAGUCUGCCUUCGUGUACAAGCAGAUCCUGCGCACGCGCGAGCUCGACUGGCAGUACGAGCCCGACACCGACGUUAUGACCAUCGAUAAAGGACACUAA